CGCGUUGUCCUUCCUGCGUGUAACUUGAGUGCCGGGACGGACGCGGAGCUCGGCAGGAGUUUGAAGAAGUUUGCCCGCUGCUGCGUUGGCAGUUUGACUGUGAAGAUGCUUCCCGGGGCGCUGGCCGUGUUGCUCACUUUAUUCAGCCUGGCUGAGAGCAAACACAAAGACUUUUAUUCCUUUAAAGUAGUGAACAGCCGGGGGAAGCUGGUGUCGCUGGAGAAGUACCGGGGCUCCGUGUCCCUGGUGGUGAACGUGGCCAGUGAGUGUGGCUUCACUGAGGAGCACUACAAAGACCUGCAGCAGCUCCAGCGGGACUUCGGGCCGUAUCACUUCAACGUGCUGGCUUUCCCCUGCAACCAGUUUGGGCAGCAGGAGCCCGGCAGCGACAAGGAGAUCGACAGCUUUGUGCGCAGGGUCUACGGAGUCUCCUUCCCCCUGUUCAGUAAAAUCGCUGUCGUCGGAACCGGAGCCAACAACGUGUACAAAUACCUUGUUGAGUCUUCUGGAAAGGAGCCCGACUGGAACUUCUGGAAGUACCUCAUUGACGUAAACGGCAAAGUGGUGGAUGCAUGGGGACCAAAGGUUUCUGUCAAAGAAAUUCGACCCAAAAUAGCUGAGAUGGUGCGACAGAUAAUCUUAAAGAAGAAGGAAGAACUUUAACUUCCUGUGAACGACCCCUUAAGUGUUCUGCAGUACGAGAGGUCAAUUUAUUGGUGAACGAACCAAAGGGAUGAACUGAACACGUUUGUUUUGCUCGUACAAUCAGACUUUGUUCAAAUAAACCGUUCAGUUCAAGUCACACCUAGAAAGUAAUUUUAACUUGUUUUCUGACAGCACUGAUGAAGCACCACUAAGUUUCUAAAGUCAACGUCAAGCUUUAUACCAGUGAAACUGCAGCUUUAAGUCAAAGAGCUCCUGUUUGGCAGCCAUGUGGAUUAUGUGUUUUUUAUUUGUUCUGAUUUGUGGAAUAAACUUUGACUGUGGUGAGAG